GUAAAGCAGCGUUGUGACGCAUGCGGGUUCGUUUCGCAUGAAAAAAAGGCAACGUUUCAGCAGUCGAUUUGAGAAGAAACAGCGAAAAGCAAGAGCAUAAAACUGGCAGACGAAAACUCAACGGAAAACUCCGACAAGAUGAGCUGGGGUACUGAGUUAUGGGAUCAGUACGAUAACCUAUCAAUUCACACAAACAGAGGCAUCGAAGCGCUGGAUAAAUAUGCAAGUUUUGUACGAGAUCGAGUGGCCAUAGAAUCAGAAUAUGCAACCAAAUUAAGGCGCUUAGUUAAAAAUUAUCAGCCCAAAAAGAAAGAGGAGGAAGACAAUGAAUUUACAUCGAUUCAGGCGUUCCGAAAUCUGCUGAAAGAGAUCAGCGAUUUGGCUGGCCAGAGGGAGGUGGUGUCGGAGACAUUGCAACUACAGAUUAUUCAGGGUGUAACGUUGCUAUCCAAAACGUUACGCGAGGAACGAAAGAAAUGCCUCAAUGAUGGCACCAUGCUGCAAGAAAACCUCCGCACACAGCUAUCCUCACUUGAGCGUGCUAAACGCAAUUACGAGAAGGCCUAUCGCGAGUCGGAGAAGGCCGUGGAAGGCUACAAAAAGGCCGACAUGGAUCUCAAUCUGAGUCGCGCCGAAGUCGAACGCUAUAAGAACACAAUGACUGCAAAAAUUCAGCAGUCCGACGAUGCGAAAAACGAGUACGCCAAUCAACUGCAGAAGACGAACAAUCUGCAGCAACAACACUUCAACCUGCUGUUACCCUCCGUAUUCAAUCGCCUGCAGGAGCUCGAUGAGAAGCGCACGCGUGGCAUACGCGAAUUCAUAAUUGGAGCAGCGGAUGUGGAGUCAUCGGUGGCGCCUAUAAUUGCGCGUUGCAUGGAGGGUAUUGUAAAGGCCGGCGAGUCCAUUAACGAGAAGGAGGACUCGUUUAAAGUCAUAGAGAGAUACCAAUCAGGAUUCCCGCAACCCACAGAUAUACCCUUCGAGGACUUAUCAAAGGUUUCUCCGGAGAACCUAAACGACUCUCAGUACAUUAAUGGCCCGUCAAAUCACCUGACCCUGAAGGGCACGAUCAGCGCUAAACAGAUAAGGAAGCGCGUUGGCAUUUUCAACAUAUUCGGCAGCAAUAAGAAUUCGUUAACUGUGGAUGGCCAAAAGGAGGACUUUAGCGAUUUGCCGCCAAAUCAGAGACGCAAGAAAUUGCUGGCAAAAAUCGCCGAGCUAGAACAUAAAAUUAUACAGGAAACGAAUGCUCGCGACGGCCUUAUGAAAAUGAAAAUCGUCUAUGAGGCGAACUCAUCGCUGGGCAAUCCCAUGACAGUCGAAGGACAACUUAACGAAUCGGAGCACAAACUGGAGAAGCUGAGAGCCGACUUUAAGAAAUAUCAAGGGUAUUUGGAGAAGGCAAAUCAAUUACAGGUCGCCAACAAUAGUCCGCAGUCGAAUCGCAAUCAACUCCAGAACGGACAUCGAACAUCGAGACAUUCCAACGGUAGCGCCGAUGAUCAUCACGAUGAGGGCGAAGAUCAUCCCGACGAUGCUGGCAGCUUAAGCAGGUCAGAUUCUGAGGAUAAUGUGGCGCAAAUACCAAAUGGGCAUAAUAAUAACAAUAACGGCAGUUCAGCAAGUCCCGAAAGCGGGCUGGGUACCUCGCACACAUCGCUGCCCGGCUCGGGGCAGGGCAGUGCGAAUGAGAAUGCCAUUGGCGAGGACGCCUACUACGAGACGGAGGUGGAAGCAUUAAAUCCUUUGGGUACAUGUCGAGCGCUCUACCCAUUCGAAGCCACCAGCGAGGGCAGCAUACCCAUGACUGAGGGAGAGGAGCUACAAGUGAUUGAAAUCGAUCAGGGCGAUGGUUGGACGCGUGUACGUCGUGCGAAUAACUCAAAUGGUUGGGAUGAGGGCUUCGUACCCACGAGCUAUAUCGAAUGCACGCUCUUUGCUUAAGAUUAUUGCUCUAUAAAACGUUAACUACUAAGCAGCAUUUACAUAUGUUUUUGUCACAAUUUUUCAAUCGCUAGACUAAAAACAUACCCUGACACACACAUACACAUCCACAUCCACACACUCACACAUCCAAUCCACGACUAUUUGCCAAGGCAAUCGCAACUGCCUUACGCUUAGUUUAAACUUGUUUGUAUAUUUACUUUGAUUUUAAAUGGAGCGAGAGAUGAUUAUAUAGUUGUGCACGUCAUAUCAUAUCUAAAUAUACAAGCAUACAUAAACUAAUAUGCACUAUAAAUCAGGCAGACCUCAUACAUACGUGCACGCACACAUGUAUUUCUAAGCAACUUACUAUAAAUGCACCCACAAGGUACCCUCUUCACAAUCAUGAUAUAAAUAUAUUUUUUACAUCUACAUAUACAUAUAUGUAUGUAUUACUAAAUUAUAUGGCACUUGUAAAAUUAUGUGAAAUCCAUAAUAUCAAUGCAUUUUAGACAUUGCUGACCAAAUUAUUGCCUAAUGUUAUAAUAAAUAAAUCUCCUGGGCACGUUGAAGCCGCAGCGGCUUGCAACAUGCUUCGGACAUUUAUUUGAAUAUACAUAGUUAAUUGAUAGCACCUGCACUUUUCGGGCCGACCAGGAAAAGCUGCAGCCUUUGUCGCUAUCGUCAGGCAUUUUAAACAAGAGAAACUAAUCGCCCAAUGCACUUCAGUCGAUUGUACUUGUAUUUACCAUACCACCUGCACAACAACAACUACCACAACAACCACAACCAACCGACUCAAACGAAAUCUAUCAACAAUUAUCUAAAAAGCUGUGGCAAUUUUGUGUAAAUUACACACGAAACAUAUGUAAAUUUUUGAAACGAGGACCGCGAUAGUUUGUUUUAUACAAUACAUAUAAAUAGCAACAAUUGUACAAUAUAUAUGUUACUCAUUAUUAAUUUUAAUUAUAAUUCUAAUUUAAUUUCGUAUUGCUUUCUGUCAUAAGCGCAUUACCUUUGUACAUUUUUUUGCAUAUGCUUACAAUACAAAACCAUUCAUUGAAGGAAAUAAGAGAGAUGAGAAUAUGAGAACAGAGCUCCUGCUUGUAAAUUAUUUUAGGUACUGUAAAUGUUUAUGUUGAACACGAUUAAGUCAAGCAAAGUUGUGGGUCACUUUGCAAAUGUGCAUUAAUAUAUAAAUUUAAACUAAACAUAAAACAAAACGAAAACUUAACUAAAAUCAAAAACCCAAAGUCUGCAGCCUGGGACAACAUAGAGUUCAGCGCGGGCGAGCGAGUGAAUUAAGUACUAUUUUUAAUUACUUUUUGCAGCCUUUUCUUUAUUUUCAUACCACAUAGACAUCUGUAUUAUGAUUUAGAUCUAAGACCGCUAAGAACGAACAUGAAUUCUGUUUGUGUUUAAAAUAACUAUAAAGGAAAAUAGCUAGUUUUACGCAAAUAAAAAUACAUAUAAACGUAAUUCCAAAA